AUGAAAUAUCGAGAGGGCCAAUACAACAAGGCUUUCCUCCUUACACUCAAUGAUGAAACCGACGUUGUAGCAAAGCUACCCAAUCCCAACGCAGGACCGAAUGUUCUGACUACCGCCAGCGAAGUUGCAACGAUGGAUUAUGCACGAGACGUUAUAGGCCUCCCUGUCCCGCAGGUGCUGAGCUGGAAUUGCGACCCCUCGAACCCAGUAGGGAGUGAAUACAUCAUCAUGGAAAAGGCAAAGGGAACCGCCCUGGGUGACGUCUGGUACGGACUUUCCAACCCAUCCAAGCACAGGUUCAUAGAGCAGAUUGUGGAUAUAGAGGUGAAACUCGCAUCUGUGUUGUUCCCCCAGCACGGAUGCAUAUACUACAGAAGGGAUCUACCAAAUGCAUAUUCCAAAGACUCGGUAUCACUCGACAGGGACGGACAGGGUGAUUUCUGCAUUGGUCCUGUGGUAAAUCCCGUUUUCUGGUCCGAUAAAAGAGAUCAGAUGGAUUUAUAUCGAGGCUCUUGGCGGAAUAUCUCUGAUUACGCCACAAGUAUUGGGGAGAAUGAGCGAACAUGGGCAAGGCAGCAUGCACAUCCUCGCAUGAACUAUUACCGGAGUAAUAUUGACUGUGAGAUGCCGACAGAGUACGUUAAUCUCAUUGAAAAGUACCUGCUGGUUGCUCCACACAUCACGGCCUGCGACUCUGACUCAACGGACCUCUUACGGCCGACCCUGUGGCACAAUGACCUCCAUCUCAACAAUAUAUAUGUUGAUCUUGACACAGAAACCAUCACUAGUAUUAUCGACUGGCAGAAUACAAGAGUUGCCCCCAUUAUCCUGCAGGCCAAGAUCCCUCGGAUGGUGCAACACACGAGUCCACUUCCUCUUGGCUGGGUUAUGCCAGAAAAACCAGACGGUUAUGAAACCUUAUCCGAGCAAGAUAAAGUUAAAGCAGACAAGCUGUACGAAAGUGCCCUAUGCCAUAAAUACUAUGAGGUUCUCACGGCCAAGCGAAACCAUCGACACUACGCUGCUAUAUGCCACAAUGACACCUGGAAGACACCUGUCGUCGAACCUCUCAAAUCAGCAGCUGGCGCCUGGUCAUCGAGGGAAGUCUUCGGGCUUCGAGCAUCAUUGAUGGCUGUGGUGGAUCAUUGGUCUGAAGUCCCACCUGCAGUCGAUUGUCCGAUAUCCUUCACCCAGCAAGAAAGGGAAUUACACGGCGAAGAGAUGGAGAACCGUGAUUACAUUGAGCGAUUAAUGGAAGAGUUCCGAGACGCAGGAAUUCUACCCGUUGAUGGAGUAGUCGAGCCCGAGGAUUAUGAAGUUCUCAAGGAAACAAGUGACAUGCAAAAGAAGGAAUCCAUAUCCUUGGCUGAGGAUGAUGAACAGAGGAAUGUAGAAGCUGUUGCCGCCUCCCCCCGUCGGACCAUCUCCGACCAGGUAUAUAACCGAUCUUCUUCUUCACCACUUCCCCGCAUUAGCAGUUUGUAUGAUCUCGGUGCUCGUAUCCAACCCCAAAUGGAUAUGAAGUUUGUUCUAGUUACUGGUGCGACCGGCUUUAUCGGCGCCCACAUCGUCGAUGCUCUGCUUGCACGGGGCAUCCGCGUGCGCGGCGCCACACGGACUCUGGCCAAGGGAAAGGCCAUGAUGGAAGCUCGGCCGCAACAUGUGAACAACCUCGACUUUGUACAGAUAGAGGAUUUUGAGAAUCCCGGUGGGCUUAUCGAAGCUGUCAAGGACGUGAAUGGGGUCAUUCAUACCGCUAGUCCAUUUACCUACGACACAACCGACAACGAAAAAGAGCUCGUCCGUCCCGCCAUCAAUGGCGUCCGAGCUGUUCUCGAAGCAGCCUCCGCGAACCCUAAAGUCAAACGAGUCGUUCUUACGUCCUCCUUCGCCUCUGUACUGGACGCCAACCGCAAAGCACCGCCGUAUUUUACCUACACAGGCGCCGACUGGAACCCAUUGACAUACGAGGAGUCGGUUGACAAAGCGACCAGCGCGGUGGUCGCAUACCGCGGGUCGAAGAAGUUUGCCGAACUUGCGGCCUGGGAGUAUGUCCGUGAGAAGGAACCCGCCUUUGAUCUUGUGGCUCUAUGUCCGCCCAUGACAUUCGGACCGGUUGUGCACCCUGUUGCUAGUGUCGAGAGGCUAAACGAGUCCAAUGCAAUGCUGUGGAAGGUGGCUAUUGGCUCUCCGCUUCCUGUUGCGCGCGUUCCAUUCUGGAUUGAUGUACGUGACCUGGCGGCUGCGCAUGUUGGAGCAUUGCUCACUGAGGGAGUCGGGGGAAGGCGAUAUACUCCUGCCGCUCCGGAGAGGUUUUCGUAUGCGAUGGCGGCAGAGAUAAUUGCUGAAGAGUUCCCCGGUUUGAAGGAUGGCGUACAGCAGGAUGAUCAGGUCAUUGAUGAAAGCCACGGUUUGGACGGGAAAACCGCUAGUCGGAGACAGUUCGUGAUUUAG